UGCUCCGCUUGCGCAGCAGCGUGUCGCGUCGCGACAGCUCCGAGGGAUCCCGUCGGGUGGCAUCGCGUCGUCGGAAGCCCCGCCAAGUCUCUCUCUCGGGCGAGGGAGCGGCGGUGCCCUGCGCGGCGAGUCUGGUCGUGUGUAAUAAAAGUCGCGUGAGCGUAAUCGCGGGCGGAAGGAAAGAGGAGAGAGAAAAGGAAGGAAGGAAGGAAAAAAAAGGGGGGAGGAGUUCGCGUGUCGAAAAAUCCGUCGUCUCUCGCGCCACGUUCGCGUCGUCCUCUCUUGGGAUCCUCGCGGAAGAUGGCUCCGUCGUGCUUCGAAGUCAUCCUCGUCGGCUUCAUCCUCGUGCUGCCGUUUCUGUACGAGACCAGCCGCACCUUCCGCUACUACCUGAAGUUCCUCAUUUACUAUAGCAUCGUGAUGAUGAACGCGGUCCUGCUCAUGCCCGUCCUCUCGCUGCGGCCCGGCAACGUCAAGAACUACGUACUGGCGUCAUCGGUAUGCCAUCACAUUAGCACUCUGCUAGGUCUGCGAUGGGAACUGCGCGGAAGGGAGCACUUGGAGAAGGAUAGGGCUUGCAUAAUUGUGGCGAAUCACCAGAGCUCGCUCGACGUAUUGGGGAUGUUCGACCUUUGGCCGGUGAUGGACAAAUGUACCGUCGUCGCCAAGAAGGAGCUCUUCUACGCGUGGCCCUUCGGCCUGUCCGCCUGGUUAUGCGGUAUGAUUUACAUCGACAGAAUGAACUCCGAGAAAGCGCGAUCCGCCCUCAACACCGCCACGAAGGAGAUCGCGGAUAAGAAGAUCAAGCUGUGGAUAUUCCCCGAGGGCACCAGGCACAACACCGGUGAGAUACAUCCGUUCAAGAAGGGUGCCUUCCACGUCGCGAUCAGGUCGCAGUUACCCAUACUACCGGUCGUAUUCUCCUCUUAUUAUUUCUUAUCCGCGGAAGAGAAGAGAUUUGAUCCCGGACGCAUUCUCGUGACGACAUUGCCGCCCAUCUCAACUGAGGGACUCGGUACGGACGACGUGGAAGAGUUAAUGGAAAAGACACGAAGUGCUAUGUGCGAGGUAUUUCACGCGACGAGUCGCGAGGUUCAGCAAUCCCUUCCUGUCCGGUAAGACGUACAACGAAUGAUAAUUACUGGGAACGAAUUCGUCUUUCUAAAAAAACAAGAAAAAAAAAUAUGAACGAAUAUACUUCUUCUACAAGGAUAUUAGCGAAUAAGCCUCCACGCGGGAACCAAAGACUAAGCGUCCAAACAGCUAACGUUCUCUUGUGUUAUUGGUAACAUAUAAUAUUCUAUAAUUUAUAAUAUCCUAUUUUAAUGUCUCUCCAACUUAGAGAAAGUCGAUAGCGUCAAAUUUUGUAUCGUGUCCCGUCUACGUUCUUCUCGUUUCUUAAUUUAUUUCUUAAUUUAUAUAUUCAGUUAUCGCAUAAAUCGUGCGAGAAUUUAGACGGUUCUUCAGUAAGUUGCUAGUGACUAAGUUAUCGAGUAAUCUUUAUUGUUGGUGUACAAUAUGUCAUUUUGCGACACGCGGUGAAAGCUUAUGGACGAUUUGGUUGCUGCACAGAACGAACGUUUUAAGUUUAAAGACAAGCAUUUUGCAGCGAAAGGGAAAAAAAAAUACGCGUGGUAAAAUAAGUAUACAUCAGCCAGAAAAGGGUUGUGCACGCGUCGCUGACGAAUUAUAAAUAUCGUUCUUAAUUAAAUAGAUGUAAUUUGAAAGAGAGAAAUCGCAUACGGUAUACUCUUUACCGUGAACGCGAGGGCAGUGAAAAAGGAGAAAGACAAAAAGGACUUUCGAUAUGUUUAUCAUGAUUUUUCGUAGAGUUACGAAUUGUAAAUAUGAUUCGUUAGAAUGCAUUUUUUAUAUAAAUUAUGGAAACAUUGUUAACGUUUAUACUUGACGGUUUGUACUAAAUUCCAUUAGAUAUACUUUGCUAUGUAUAAGAUACGCUUGUACAUUCCCACUCGUCUGUUUUAUGCUUCCACUUGUUUCCAUAUGAUUGUCUGUAAAGUGAUUAUAGGGUACAUAUAAUUAUAGGAGAAAUGCACUUUUUUAAUUUCAAUAUCAAAUAUCUAAAAAGAGAAGAAACAUUUCAAUGCAACGUUUUUUCGGGCGACUAUCCUGAAAUGUAGGUAUAUAUUUCCCUCUCAAGUACGAAAUGUAAUUUAAACUUUGGUUGUUAAUCGACUCGUCAUUGUAAAUCGAGAUAACUGUUCAUAAUCAGAUAAUAAGAGAAAUAAUAUUUUAAUCGAAAGAUAAUAUAUAUUAAAUCUUCGAGGCACAUUAUAAUCACAUUGUGCUGCAAUUAUGUACAUACGUUUUCACCUACGAUUAGUUACGAUCGCGAUACUGCGAUAAUGCAUGGUAAAUCUUUUCGACAUUGAACUUUAGUCCAUGAGCAUUCCUCGGACGAUUUAUUUGCACUUUUAAUUGCAUGGUAACUCCUCUAUUGUCUAUAUAUAACGCGGACGAAAAAUACUGCAUCCUAUAUGGACAUUAAGGCAACAUCUUACUUUUACAUUAUUUUCCAAAUGGCGAUUGUGUUCAGUUUAGCGUAGUUUACAUAAUGUUUUUCUGCUAAUAUCUUCUCAGCAACAUUUUUUUAAUGCGACUGAUAGCACUAGUGAUAGCUGAACCAAAAAAAAAUAUUGUUGGCAAGAAAGCAUUACGCAAAUUGCGCUUAUAUUUUUCUUCCAAGAGAGUUCGUUGCUAGGAUUCAGAAAUGUAAGACAUCAAAUUUCGCAUUUGGUGUCUCGUUCUCUUGAUAUUGUACGAGAAAAGAAUGCGUUUGCUGUAGAAAUCAUAAACGCUUGCUCACGGCCGCAAACUCCAGGCUAUCGCGUAUCAACGAUCAAAUAUAUAACGAUCUACGCGAUGAUUCAAUCGUUUGCGCGACUUCCGCAUUGUGUUACCGUUUAUAUUCGGCAUCAAAUAUCAAUCUUCUUGUGAGCUGCAACGAUCACACGAUAGACGUAGCACAAUCCGAGCAAUGCUAGAGUUGGUUUCGUUUAAAAUGAGAGUAAUAUAUUGACUUUCAGUAGCCUAUAAUUUUUAAAUGGAUAUACUCAAGCGGAGAGCUUAUGUUUUAGCGUAUUAUACAAACACAGAUGUUUUAAGAUUUCGAUUAUCUGAUCAGUCAAAUGUGACCUAAACUAUCAACGCGAACACACAUUUUUAAUUUUAAUUGUCACGUAAAUCGAAAAGACAUUUUUUGGGAAAACUGUAAUCUUGGUUUUUAAAUUCUUUGUCCUUUCGUGCUUACGGUUCACGUUAACGUGAUCGUAUGCCAUCUUGGGCAGCUGAUUAGUCACAAUAAAUGCAAAACAAAUGCGUAACACGCAUUGAUUUUCAAAAUUUAAUUUGUAUUACUUUACGAAUGUGAACGGUUCAACACAUACGGUGACAUGUAUCUUUUUAAGUGUAAUUUUUAGACUAUGUAAGACUCCGCGUACAUUCUUCUCGUUGCGGCUGUUAUGUUAUUUAUUAUUAUUAUUAUAUAUAUUAUUAUAUAAGAUAUUCGUCAUGAUGAUUAAGUUGCAGGACUAUUUUUAUAUUAUGACCAAAAAAAUGUCUCGAGAUAUAUAGGCCAUUGCGAAAUCUUGUUUACAUCCGUUUUUCUCGGAUAUUUCUUAGUCUCGAAAAGACGUUUCGAUAAUAACGUAUUAAUACACGAAAGCGUCGCGACAUUGCGAUAUCCGAUAGAAAAGAAACGUAAUCUACGAAGGAUUUGGAAAUUUCGAGACCUCGUGUUAAUCGAACGUAUUAUAUAGAUGUAAUCAAGUAAACAUUCGGAAACUCUUUCGUACGAAUCGCGUCGCGUGUUAUCUUCCUGAUAAAUAAAAAGAAAACGCACAAUUUUCAAUCGUACGCUGUUAACGCUGCGUCUCUAAUGUAUGUACGAUUUCUAUAGCGUAAUCGAAUAAUAUUUCGUGCAUAGACAAUUUGAAGUGAAGUUUUUGCCAUUUAGAAACCUGAGAAAUAAAAAAAUAACUUUCUUUUUUGAAUUUACGAGUAUUGUCGACGUCUGUUUUCCUUCUCGAGAAUAGUAUAAGUUAAUAGCAUAAGUUUCAUUAUCAAUUUAUUGAUGUGUGCCGCGUUAAUUAUUUAUUGCGUGACGAUUAAAUUGCAGAUACGUAAAGACUAUCUGCGAUUCAUUGAAAAUCGCGCUUACAAAUAUCUCCAAUGAUACUACAUUUGACGAGAACGUCGUCCACCAAAGAUUUAUCAUCUCAGUGCCAAUUUGCAAAAAAAAAAGAGAAGAAACGGCUGUCGCACGAUAGUUUCAUAGGCUUUGCAUUAUUCUUAAGUAGACACGGAAGUGUAGAUUUGAGUUUUUUUUUUUUAAACUGCAAGUGCAUUGAUUGAUGGUUUUACGAGAGAACGUUAUGUAAAGCUAGCGUAGCUUAUUAUUCCAAAGAGUUUUGUACUUGGGCUGUGCAUUUGUCAUUAUGUAAUAUUAAUAUAAAUCGAUUGACCAUGGUAUUCGAUUGAACUUAACGAACAUUAAAUGACAUUCGCAAACAGCAGAGAAUUCAACCAACUGUUGUAUCCCGUAUGUCAUAAUAAAUCUUUCAUUUGUCUGCGAAGCGAGAUCCACAGUUGAUCGAGCUUGUUCAAGAAUGUUUUGUAUAUUACAUCGAUUACAAGAUAAUCACAAUGUAAAUUAAAGAAUGGUUUGCAAAGUUGCAAGAGCAGAUAAUAAAGAUACCUGAUUUUAGUUAA